UAUCACGCUUCGGACGUGCUCCUGCACGCUGUUCUUCACCCUCCUCAUCCUCCUCCUCCUCCUCCAGCGAUGGAGAAGUGAAGGAGCAGCGGAAGGCUAGGCUGGGACAACUGAGGAGAAAAACACCACAAUCCGCUCCACUUUAUUCGAUAAAAGGCCAUUGAAGCGCACGAGAAUUAGUCGAGCGUUUUUUAAUACAAAAUCAAGGAAGGAGAGAGACGGGCUGUUGAACACAUGAACAAGCUGUCAGCGAGCACACGAGCGGGUCACUGAGCGGCGGACGGACAAGGGAGGAGGCGGGGAAGGACCAACGCAACACCAAAUCAACCUUUGUGUCAUGUCAACAACGGCCACAAUGGGCGAAAUGGCGAACAGCGCAGUGGAGUUUUACCCGAAAGGGACUCGAGGAGGAGGACGGGAGGACGGGGGCCGCGGAGGAGGAGACUUUGGGGUCACGUUGAAAGAGCUGAGGGAGCUGAUGGAGUUCAGGGGGGGCGAGGCCCUGCAGAAGAUCCAGGAUAGCUACGGGGACACAGACGGGCUCUGCCAGAGACUGCAGUCCAGCACCACCGACGGUCUCAGCGGGGAUCCCACGGACCUGGAGCGUCGGUGUCAGGCUUUUGGCCAAAACUUUAUCCCCCCAAAGAAGCCCAAGACUUUCCUUGAGCUCGUGUGGGAGGCCCUGCAAGAUGUCACGCUCAUCAUUUUGGAGAUUGCCGCCAUCAUCUCUCUCGCCCUUUCUUUCUACCAGCCUCCCGGAGAAGAUUCAGAGUCAUGUGGCAACGUGGCGGCAGGAGCGGAGGAUGAAGGCGAGGGGGAGGCCAACUGGAUCGAGGGUGCGGCCAUUCUCUUGUCGGUGGCCUGUGUCGUCCUGGUGACCGCGUUUAACGACUGGUCCAAAGAGAAACAGUUCCGGGGGCUACAGAGUCGAAUCGAGCAAGAGCAAAAGUUCACCGUUGUACGAAAAGGAAAUGUCAUCCAGAUUCCUGUAGCUGACAUGGUGGUGGGGGACAUGGCCCAGGUCAAAUACGGGGACCUGCUUCCAGCCGAUGGCAUCUUAGUUCAAGGUAACGAUCUGAAGAUAGAUGAGAGCUCUCUAACAGGAGAGUCGGACCACGUCCGCAAGUCUGUGGACAAGGACCCAAUGCUGCUUUCAGGCACUCAUGUGAUGGAGGGAUCAGGCCGCAUGCUGGUGACGGCUGUCGGUGUCAACUCGCAAACGGGCAUCAUCUUCACUCUGCUGGGGGCUGGAGAUGCGGAGGAAGAUGGCAAAGAAAAAAAAGGAAAGCAACCCGACGGCACGGUGGAGAACAACCAGAAUAAAGCCAAGAAGCAGGAUGGGGGUGUCGCCAUGGAGAUGCAACCCCUAAAGAGCGCCGAGGGAGGGGAAGUGGAAGACAGGGAGAAGAAGAAGACCAACAUACCAAAAAAAGAGAAGAGCGUCUUGCAGGGCAAGCUCACCAAACUUGCGGUUCAAAUUGGAAAAGCAGGUUUGGUGAUGUCCGCAAUCACCGUCAUCAUCCUGGUGCUCUACUUUGUCAUCGACACUUUUGUCGUUGAAGGCCAUGCGUGGGUGACAGAGUGCACGCCGGUCUACAUCCAGUACUUUGUCAAGUUUUUCAUCAUUGGAGUCACAGUGUUGGUGGUGGCGGUCCCAGAGGGUUUACCGCUGGCUGUCACCAUCUCUCUGGCUUACUCUGUCAAGAAAAUGAUGAAGGACAACAAUCUUGUACGCCACCUGGAUGCAUGCGAGACAAUGGGUAAUGCCACAGCCAUCUGCUCCGACAAGACAGGCACGCUCACCACCAACCGCAUGACUGUGGUACAGGCUUAUGUAGGUGACGUGCACCAUCGCUUGAUACCAGAUGCUGGUCAGAUUAACCCCCGGACAUUGGAUCUAUUAGUCAACGCCAUCUCUAUCAACAGUGCCUACACCUCCAAGAUCUUACCACCGGAUGUGGAGGGAGGUUUGGCAAAGCAGGUGGGCAAUAAGACAGAAUGUGGCCUGCUGGGAUUCGUAUUAGACCUCCAGCAAGACUACACUCCAGUGAGAGAACAGAUCCCCGAGGAGAGACUCUACAAGGUGUACACCUUUAACUCGGUCCGUAAAUCCAUGAGCACGGUGAUCAAGCUGCCAGACGGUUCCUUCCGUCUCUACAGUAAGGGAGCCUCUGAGAUCAUGCUCAAAAAGUGUUCUUACAUCCUAGAUGCCAACGGAGAAGCUCGGAGUUUCCGCCCGCGGGACAGAGAUGAGAUGGUCAAACAGGUGAUCGAGCCAAUGGCAUGUGAGGGCCUGAGGACCAUCUGCAUCGCUUAUCGUGACCUGCCCUCCGACCCGGAGCCCGACUGGGAAAAUGAGGGAGAAAUAGUUACAGAAUUGACCUGUAUCACUGUGGUCGGGAUUGAGGAUCCAGUACGACCUGAGGUACCAGAGGCCAUCCGGAAGUGUCAGCGUGCGGGCAUCACUGUGCGAAUGGUGACUGGUGAUAACAUUAACACAGCCAGGGCCAUUGCUGCCAAAUGUGGGAUCAUCCACCCUGGGGAUGACUUCAUCUGUCUGGAGGGCAAAGACUUCAACCGGCGAAUCAGAAACGAGAAAGGGGAGAUUGAACAGGAGCGGAUCGAUAAAAUCUGGCCCAAACUGCGUGUGCUGGCUCGGUCUUCACCGACAGACAAGCAUACCCUUGUCAAAGGCAUCAUCGACAGUAGCAUUGUCGAACAGAGGCAGGUGGUUGCAGUGACUGGGGACGGAACCAAUGAUGGACCAGCUUUGAAGAAGGCCGAUGUUGGCUUUGCUAUGGGCAUCGCCGGGACAGACGUGGCUAAAGAGGCAUCUGACAUCAUUUUGACUGACGACAACUUCAGCAGCAUCGUCAAAGCGGUGAUGUGGGGAAGAAACGUCUACGACAGCAUUUCCAAGUUCCUCCAGUUCCAGCUCACGGUGAACGUGGUUGCUGUCAUCGUGGCCUUCACCGGGGCCUGUAUCACUCAGGACUCUCCUCUGAAGGCGGUGCAGAUGCUGUGGGUGAACCUCAUCAUGGACACGUUUGCCUCUUUGGCCCUGGCUACCGAGCCCCCCACUGAGGCGCUGUUGCUACGGAAACCUUACGGUCGCAACAACCCGCUCAUUUCCCUCACCAUGAUGAAAAACAUUCUCGGCCAUGGAGUCUACCAACUGGUCAUCAUCUUCACCCUGCUUUUCAUUGGCGAGCGCAUGUUCAACAUCGACAGCGGCCGCAACGCUCCGCUCCACUCGCCCCCGUCGGAGCACUACACCAUCAUCUUCAACACUUUCGUCCUCAUGCAGCUGUUCAAUGAGAUCAACGCCCGGAAGAUCCACGGGGAGAGAAACGUCUUUGAUGGCAUAUUUUCCAACCCCAUCUUCUGCUCCAUUGUUCUGGGGACCUUCGCAGUACAGAUUGUGAUUGUGCAGUGGGGAGGGAAGCCAUUCAGCUGCGCUCCACUCAACAUGGAGCAGUGGCUCUGGUGUCUGUUUGUUGGAGUUGGAGAGCUGCUCUGGGGUCAGGUGAUCGCCACUGUCCCGACGGAGCGGCUGCCGUGCCUGAAGGAAGCGGGUCUCGGUCUGGAGCCUGGAGAGGAGGAAGGGGAAGAGCUCGCAGAAGAUGAAGAAGAGAUCGACUGUGCCGAAAGAGAGCUGCGCCGAGGGCAGAUUCUUUGGUUCCGAGGUCUCAACCGCAUACAGACUCAGAUGCGAGUGGUGAAAGCAUUCCGUAGUUCGUUGUACGAGGGCCGGGAGAAACCAGAGUCCCGCAACUCCAUCCACAACUUCAUGGCCCACCCGGAGUUCCUCAUCAAUGACCUCAUCCACAACAUCCCGCUGAUUGAUGACACUGAUGUGGACGACGAAUCAGAACUCAGCCGAUAUCAGCACGUGCACCCGGCCCUUCGCAAGCCGCCGCCCCCUCCCACUCAGCCCCAGCCUUCGGCCCGCACCCGUCCUACCCGUCCGUACCGCCAGUUUAGCCUCCCAGUGACCCAGUGCAACCGAAAUAAUAACAACAGCAGCAGCAGCGGCACUUCAUCAAUUGGCCACUCCGACAAACACAAGCGCGACACCGAAACCCCGAGCAAACAAAGCCCCCUUCGUCACCACCACCAACACUGCAGCGAUCGUCACAGCAGGGACCGGCUGGGGAAAGCCCCGACCCCUCACCUGGCCCACCUCUACUGUGUGGAGACCACCUUAUAACUGAGUGGCUCGGGGAGAAGCGGAACUGAGUCCUGGGGUGGGGAGGGAAAAAAUGGGAGCAGAGGAGCGAGCUCGAGGACGCACAUGUGACAUUUCCGUCCCCGUCUCU